AUGGAUCCACGAGAUCAUAACGAUUUUAAUGAAGAGAAAAAAACUGAGCACUGAAACAAAUAUCAAAUACUCGAACAAAUAGCAGUAGGCAGCUUUGGAGUAGUUUUCAAAGCAAUAAAUACAGAAACAAGAGAGCUAGUAGCUAUUAAAAAAAUUCAGCAGGAUCCAAGAUACAAAACUAAAGAGCUUAAAAUUUUACAAAGAAUGCGACAUCCUAAUAUAGUUAACUUGAAAAGUUCGGUUUAUAGCAAAGAAGAAGAGGAGUACCUUAAUUUAGCUAUAUAUUAAUGGAGACAUGUGCUAAUCUGCCUCUUGGCACAACAGUCCAGACCUUAUGGCUACGGUGAACUGGGAUAGACUCUGAGCUGAGAAUAUAUAGGCGCAAGAGAUGUGAUCGGUAGGUUUUGGCAACUUUCCUGUGAUUGGAAUUGGAGAUGCCAACAACAGCAGUUUAAACGCCCGAUAGACUCAAAGGAGCUGAUCCAUGAAUCAAGCUACUCCAACAGCCCGUAUCAAGGUUACAGAAAUCCAUAAACCGCCGCUCAAGACUGAGGCUGCAAGGCAAGGACGAGACAGCGAUAUUCACAUUCGGGCAGAAAGACCCUCGGGGCUGGAGUCGAAAAAGGUUGAACUUCCCAUACGGGAGAUCUUAGGUGACCGCGCUGUCAUAAUGGCUAACGCCUGACUUAAUAAGUUAACUUAACCUUAAUUUAGUUAUGGAUUAUUACCCAGAAACUAUUGCAACACCUAUAGCAAAUUCUUCCUCAAAUGGAAAAAUCCCUGAAAUUCUUGUAAAGCUUUAUAUCUAUCAGCUACUCCGAGCUUUAGCCCAUAUGCAUGCUUUAAGAAUUUGCCAUCGGGAUGUGAAGCCUUUAAAUUUACUUUUAGACCCUAAAAGCCAUAUAGUCAGUCUAUGUGAUUUUGGGAGCGCAAAAAGGCUUAAGCCAAAUGAGUCAAACGUUUCUUAUAUUUGUUCGAGAUAUUAUAGAGCUCCUGAGCUGAUUUUUGGGUCGACUAGUUAUACUGAAAAAGUUGAUAUCUGAAGUGUUGGGUGCAUAGCUGCAGAACUUCUGCUUGGGCAUGCAAUUUUUGCAGGGGAAAGUAGAAUAGCGCAGCUGAUCGAAAUUGUAAAAGUGCUUGGAACUCCUUCAAGAGAACAAAUACAUGAGCUGAAUCCUGAGUACGACCAGUACAGAUUUCCUUAUGUAAAGGUUAUCCCACUCAAUAAAACUCUUCAAGGAUCUUCUAAAAAUGCUAUUGACUUUAUAAGCGGAAUUUUGCAGUAUUCUCCAAAUUCGAGACCAAAGGCUUUAGAAGCACUAAUUCAUCCAUUUUUUGAUGAACUGAAAAACCAAGGUAUAAGAUUACCGAAUGGAAACCCAGCACCUGAUCUUUUUAAUUGGACUAAUGAAGAAAGAUCCUCAGUGAGUGUUGAUAUUAUAGAACGAUUAACGCCCGGAUGGUAUAGAAACAAUUAA